UUAGUAAAGAUCUCGCAUUUAUUGAACGGAAUGGCAUUGGCUCCUCUCGUGCCCAGCUCUCCUGGAGAGAACGAGUACCCGUCCGGUUUCCCUCAGAGCAUCUGUGAUGAAGUUCCGGCUCCGAAGUACCUGUGCAGCCACUGCGACUGCGUGCUCAACGGCGCGCACCAGAGCGCGUGCGGCCACCGCUACUGCCUCGAGUGCAUCCACUGGCUCAUCAGAAACAACAAAAAUCUCGUGUGCACAAAGUGUAAAGAAGUCCCAAACCAGCAAAGCGAGGACGGCUUACUAACCUUUGACCAGUUCUUCAACGACGCAGCAAUCAAUAAAGAGAUUCUAGGACUGAGAGUGCACUGCGCUAACCACGGCUGUAUGUGGAAGAGCACCCUGAAGGACUUUGAGGAGCAUCAGAGUCAGUGUGAGUACGCCUUAAUCCCCUGCAAUGUUGGCUGUGGCUUGAUGGUUUUGAGGAAGACGUUGGCCACUCACCUGGAGAAAGGCUGUCCCAAUAAUAAGAGCACGUGUCCUACAUGUUCCUGCCCUCUGAGCCCUUCAGAGCUCCAGAAGCACGUGUGUCCCAGUGACAAGAAGGCUGCGAAAGUAGAGAAACGGCAGAAGGAUAAUAAGCAAGCAAAUUCCAAAAGGAAAGAGACGUGUCUCUUCUCUGAAGUUGGAUGCGCAUUUAAGGGAAAUGUGGAGAAAGUGCGAGAACAUGAAAGCUGCAGUUCCGCGGCCCACCUCCAGCUCCUCCUGGAGGUCCUCAGGGGCGUUCGGGUCUCUGUUCCUUCCCCACCUGAGAGGAGUGUACACUUUCCAGGCCUGGACCUGCUCCUCCAUGGCCAGAGCUCACCUUCCGUCUGUGCACAGUCGGCUAGUGAGUUAGAGACCGACGGAGAGGAUGGAGGAGUGAACGACAUGGCACUGAGCCUUCACGAUGACCAAGCUGAGCUGGAAGUGGGCCAGCAGCUUCACGCACUUCAGCAGAGGCUGCAGAUCAUGGAAAACAUCAUCUCGGCACUCAACCGUGAGGUGGAGAAAACCCAGCUCACCGUGGCAGCCCUGGACAGAGACUCCCACAAAAGCAUGCAGCUGUUGGAGCACUUGGAGAGCGUGGUUGCAGACCAGCAGCAGAGAAUGAUCAGGAAAGAUGUACACAUCGUCUCCCUGCAGCAGAGCAUCAACGCACAGCAGGACGUGUCCUACGACGGCACGUUUCUCUGGAAGAUCUGUGAUGUCAGUCAGAAGCUAAGAGAAGCAGCUACAGGGCAAAGGAGCAGCCAGUACUCACCAGCCUUCUAUACAUCCAGGUAUGGAUUUAAAGUGUGUAUGCGGCUGUACAUGCACGGAGACGGAGCCGGGAAAGGGACGCACGUCUCUCUUUUCUUCGUGAUUAUGAAAGGAGAGUAUGACCCACUUCUCUCAUGGCCUUUCAAACACAAGGUGACGUUCUUCCUCAUUGACCAGCACCAAAGAGAGCAUGUAAUCGACACGUUCCGUCCAGAUCUCUCGUCUGUGUCGUUCCAGCGGCCCGUGUCUGACAUGAACGUGGCCAGCGGCUGCCCUCUCUUCUGCCCUCUGGCCAAGCUGCGCUCCCCGAAGCAUGCAUACUGCAAAGACGACACGCUUUUUAUCAAGUGUGUGGUGGACUCUUCAUCCUGAAUUAUGAUGUAGCUGAAGAAGAAGGGACUGAGGUCAGGUUAAGUGGGCUGCUACUGCUGAAAAUCUUGCUUUGGGUGACAAAAUGUGCUCUGAAUCAUUCUUUUGCUGCUUCACCUAAAACAUAGUAUUUAAAUGCUGCAUAAUGUCGAUAUAUUAUAGUUUUGAGGACUGAAUUAGGGUACAGUAAUAGAUUGAUUAUUAUUAUUAUUAUUAUUAUUAUUAUUAUUAUUAUUAUUGUUGUUGUUGGGUUUCAGUAAAACUGCUAUUUAAUAUCUACAGAAAAAUUAUUUAACCUGAAAAAUAUUACAUUUAAUAUUUUGGUACAAAAAUGGAUAUAUAUAUAUUUUUUUUUUAUCAAUAAAGUCACAUGUUUAAAAAAGUACGAGGAGCUUCCUUUUCUCAGGAAAAUGUUUAAUGACAAAACUUACAAUCACAAUAUCUAUAUUAUGUUGUGAUAUCACCCAGUUCUACAUAAAAGGUUCUUAAAAAUACAUAUUUAAUGGCACUAUA